UUCAAAAAUUGUGAGAGAAUGGCGAACAAGUAGUAAUGUUACUCCAUCUGUGAAUGUUGUCAGUCAUCAUUUUCUAGUGACGAAUAAGCGAGCAUUGACGUGUCUAAGUGAUCGAGGGCAGGGGUCCUUUGAGAUGCUAUAAAUAGCAGAGGAUCAACCGUGCAAACAGAACUCGCUCUUAUCUCAUCGAUCGACCAUGGCAAAAGCAAGUAAAAUUCCAGUGACCUAUGAUUGGGAUGUUUAUCUGAAAGAAUCAGGUGCUACAUGCGCUCCACCAGAAUGCUUCAAACAGACCUCUAACCCACCACCCAAUGAGUUCGGACUAUGGAUGAAACUAGAAGCCCUUGACCCCCGCAAUGUGACCUCGACAUGCAUUGCGACUGUGGUCGGUCUGAUUGGGCCACGGCUACGACUGCGACUGGACGGCAGCGACAACAAGAACGACUUUUGGAGGUUGGUGGACUCGUCCGACAUCAGGCCGAUCGGGCACUGUGAGAAAAAUGGCGGCAUGCUUCAGCCUCCUCUUGGUUUCAGAAUGAAUGCCUCAUCGUGGCCCAUGUUUCUACUGAGAACACUCAACAAUGCAAGCAUAGCUCCGACACAAGCAUUUAAAUCGGAACCUCCCGAUCCCAGGGGCAACGAGUUCAAGGUUGGCAUGAAGCUGGAGGCCGUGGACCGCAAAAAUCCGCACCUCAUCUGCCCCGCCACGGUAGGGCAAGCCAAGGACAACACCAUCUUCGUCCAGUUUGACGGCUGGAGGGGGGCGUUCGAUUACUGGUGCGAAUACAACUCCAGGGAUAUCUUCCCGGUGGGAUGGUGUAAAGCCACCGGACAUUACCUCCAGCCUCCAGGUAAAACAGGAGCAAGUACCAAAGUAAGACGAGUGAGUAGCUCGUCGACCUCUUCAUCUCAAAUGUCGCCUGGAGGGGGCGCCCUAUCAACGAAAGUGGAGCCUGACACAAGCUGCUUGCCAUCGGCCGAACUUGUUGCAGAGCCUUCAGUGUUGGUACACCUGAACAGUUCCUGCGUGAGCGGUCCUUACCUGAGCCCCCACAAGCUCUGGCAGAUGCCGUGUCAGGUUGGACCUACCCUUAUCAGCUCGGCUCUCAGGGACAUUCUACAGUUGUGUGUGGACUGCGCAGUGCAGCAAAGGCUCGUUCUCACAUUUCUGGAGGAGGCGGAUGAUGGCAAUGUCACAAUAAAUGGUACCUACGGUGGAGAGAGCCAUUCAGCCACCAUCCAGGCUCCUGACAACACCUCUGAGUUUUGGGCCAUGCUGCACAGGUUGUGUGAGAACCUGCUGUGCUGUGAGAACUUCUUCAGCGAUAAGUCGUUGCAGGGUCCAUGCCCAAAGUGUGCGAAGCAAGCUUCCGACGACAGAGGGCCUCCGAGACACGGAGCAAGCAAUACGAGACCGGGGGGAGGGGUCCUCAAGAGAAGCAUAUCGGACGCGUCAAUGAGCUCAGAAAGAGAAGGGAAACCCCCUAAUCACAAGCUACAGAGGAGAAUAACUACAGAGGCUGCAAGUUCAACGACCGAGAGCAGGUUGGAACAGACCACCAGAAUACCGCCGACAAGGAUAGCGCCCUCUGCUGGCAGCGACCCUAACAGCUGGACAAUAGAAGAGGUCAUUCGAUGUGUAGUCAAUAUGGACCAGAGUAUGGCUGCCCAUGCGGAGCUCUUCAGGCAACACGAGAUCGAUGGCAAUGCAUUCCUGUUGCUGAACAGCGACAUGAUGAUGAAGUAUAUGGGACUGAAGCUAGGCCCGGCUCUCAAGCUAUGUAAUAUCAUCGACAAGCUUAAGAAGUAGUGAAGGACUGUAUGGUGUGAGAGUGCAAUCGAGGAAAGAAACACUCUAAGAGAUAGUUUUUAGUUUUGUUUGUUUGUUUGUUUUACCCGACUGCUUAAAGAAAGCAUAUGUGAAUGCUUGUAAGUAUUAGAGCAACCAGGGGACCAACUACUUUAAGUCCUCUCCGGGGGUUCGAUAAUGAGGAUUACCAAAGGGCACUAGCGCAAAUUGACUUGGUCUCGAACCUGGGACCUUCCGGUUACGAGACCACUGUACAUUGUAAGUAAGCAACCAGGGAGUACUCUUCAAGAGAUUUGGUAAUGAGGAUUACCAAAGGGCACUAGCGCAAAAAUCGACUUGGUCUUGAACCUGGGACCUUCCGGUUAUGAGACCACUGUACAUUGUAAGUAAGCAACCAGGGAGUCCUCUUCAAGGGAUUUGGUAAUGAGGAUUACCAAAGGGCACUAGCGCAAAAAUUGACUUGGUCUCGAACCUGGGACCUUCCGGUUACGAGACCACUGUACAUUGUAAGUAAGCAACCAGGGAGUCCUCUUCAAGGGAUUCGGUAAUGAGGAUUACCAAAGGGCACUAGCGCAAA